AGGGGAAAAAUACAAAUGCGCACUAUACAUGGGUAGCACUAAUUCCAUAUCUAUUUAAUUCUUUUAUUUGUGCUUAUGUGUUGAAAGUGUAACUCGAGUUUUGGGCUCUCUGAGCAGCACCAUGGUGGUGGGCGAGAACAAGCGCCUGACGAAAGGUAGCAAAGAGGGAGCAAAGAAGAAAGUGUUUGAUCCAUUUUCUAAGAAAGAUUUGUAUGAUACAGAAACACCAGCUAUGUUUAAUAUACGAAAUGUUGGGAAAACAGUUAUCAUGAGAACUCAAGGAAGCAAAGUUGCAUCUGAUGGUCUGAAGGGCCGUGUAUUUGAAGUGAGCCUAGCUGAUCUGCAGAGUGAUGAAGCUGCAUUUAGAAAAUGCAAGCUAAUUACUGAGGACAUUCAGGGGAAAAGCUGCCCGACUAAUUUCCACGGCAUGGAUCUUACUCCUGACAAAAUGUGCUCCAUGGUCAAACAAUGGCAGACCGGGACUGAAGCUCAUGUUGAUGUCAAGAGUACCAAUGGGUAUUUGCUUCAUCUGUUCUAUGUUAGUUUUACUAAAAACCACGACAAUCAGAUUCAGAAGACCUCUUGUGCUCGGCAUCAACAGGUCCGCCAAAUCUGGAAGCAGAUGAUGGAAAUCAUGACCCGAGAGGUGCAGACAAAUGACUUGAAAGAAGUCAAUAAAUUGAUUCCAGAUAGCAUUGGAAAAGAUAUAGAAAAGGCUUGCCAAUCUAUUUAUCUGCUUCAUGAUGUCUCUGUUAGAAAGGUCAAAAUGCUGAAGAAGUCCAUUAAAUUGGGAAAACUCACGGAGCUUCGUAGUGAAGGGAGCAGUUUUGGAGAAGCUACUGGGGAUGAGACAGGCGCUAAAGUUGAACGAGCUGGAUAUGAGCCCCCAGUCUAAAAAUCUGUGUAAAAU